GAGAGGGGGAAAAUGAAGAGAAUUUUCUAUUGAAUAGGAUUAGGUGUUUUCAUUUCUAUUGAAUUUUAUGCUCCUUGCUGAUGUGUCAAGUUUUAAUUUGUUGCUGUAAAAGUGGUAUUUUGCGGCGCAUACGGACCUAAGGUUUUGUCUUGAAGCAUACAUGUUAAGUUGUAACCCCUAAAAACACGCCCAGAACCUGUCUUCUCUAAAGAUAAUGGAAUGGCUAGACAUGGCUUGGUCCAGAAACUCGUGGUGGGCGACCUCUGCUUCCACAACUCGUCUCCCUUUGCGAAGCUCUUGGACUCGUGCGUCAAAUCGAGGUCGGUGCGGGACACGCGACUCAUCCACGCCCGUAUCAUCAAAUCCCAGUUUUCCUCUGAAGUUUUUAUCCAAAAUAGGCUUAUUGAUGUCUAUGGUAAAUGUGGUUGUUUGGACGAUGCACGCAGAGUGUUUGAUCGAAUGCUUCAGAGGAAUACUUUCACUUGGAAUUCGAUUGCAAGUGCUUUAAUAAGAUGGGGCUGUCUUCAUGAGGCUGUGCAAGUCUUUGGGUCGAUGCCUGAGCCAGACCAGUGCUCGUGGAACUCAAUUGUAUCGGGUUUUGCGCAACAUGAUCGUUUUGAUGAAGCCUUACAGUAUUUUAGUAAAAUGCAUAGGGAGAAUUUUGUGCUUAAUGAAUACUCGUUUGGUAGUGCUCUUAGUGCCUGUUCGGGACUGAUGGAUUUGAAAAUGGGUAUUCAAAUUCAUGCUUUGCUCUCAAAAUCCUGCUACUCGUCGGACGUUUAUAUGGGUUCUGCUCUUAUUGACAUGUAUUCUAAGUGUGGGAGUGUGGUUUGUGCUCAAAGAGUUUUUGAUCGGAUGAGUGAACGGAACAGAGUUUCUUGGAACAGCAUGAUUACAUGUUAUGAGCAAAAUGGCCCGGCAAGUGAAGCUUUGGAGGUUUUUGUGAAAAUGAUGGAUUGCGGGAUUGAACCAGAUGAGGUCACUCUAGCUAGCGUGGUCAGUGCUUGUGCGAGUUUGUUGGCAAUUAGAGAAGGUUUGCAGAUUCAUGCUCACGUUGUGAAAAGGGACAAAUUCAGGGAUGAUCUUGUUUUGGGAAAUGCAUUGGUUGAUAUGUAUGCAAAAUGUUGUAAAAUCAAAGAAGCUAGAUGGGUUUUCGAUCGGAUGCCAAUUAGGAAUGUGGUGUCUGAAACGUCCUUGGUGAGUGGGUAUGCAAAGGCAGGAAGUGUGAAAGAUGCAAGGUUAAUGUUUACAAACAUGAUGGAGCGGAAUGUAGUGUCUUGGAAUUCACUUAUUGCAGGGUAUACACAGAAUGGGGAGAAUGAAGAGGCGCUUGGGCUCUUCCUCCUGCUAAAGAGGGAAUCCAUUUGGCCAACCCAUUACACCUUUGGGAAUCUACUCAAUGCUUGUGCCAAUCUUUCGGAACUGCAGCUGGGCAGACAGGCUCAUGGCCACGUUUUGAAGCAUGGAUUUCGCUUUCAAUCUGGAGAGGAGAGCGACAUUUUUGUGGGGAACUCUCUCAUUGACAUGUAUGUGAAAUGUGGAUCAGUUGAAGAUGGGAGCCGGGUAUUUGAAAAUAUGGUGGAAAGGGAUUGUGUCUCUUGGAAUGCCAUGAUAGUGGGAUAUGCACAAAAUGGUUAUGGAACUGAAGCUCUUCAAAUUUUCCAAAAAAUGUUGUUAUCUGGAGAGAAACCAGACCAUAUCACUAUGAUCGGUGUUCUAUGUGCUUGCAGUCAUGGGGGGUUGGUUGAAGAUGGGCGUAACUAUUUCCACUCAAUGAGAACGGAGCAUGGUAUGACACCACUGAAGGACCAUUAUACAUGUAUGGUUGAUAUACUUGGUCGAGCUGGAUGCCUCGAUGAAGCAAAGAGUUUGAUAGACACAAUGCCGAUGCAGCCUGAUGCUGUUGUCUGGGGAUCUUUACUUGCUGCUUGUAAGGUCCAUAAGAACAUCAAAUUAGGGAAGUAUGUAGCAGAGAAGCUCUUGGAGAUUGACCCUUGGAAUUCUGGACCUUAUGUACUUCUCUCAAACAUGUAUGCUGAGCUUGGUAAAUGGAGGGAUGUUAUGAAAGUUAGAAAGCAGAUGAGGCAACAGGGAGUUGUCAAGCAGCCGGGUUGCAGUUGGAUUAAAAUCCAAAGUGAUUUGCAUGUUUUCAUGGUCAAAGAUAAAAGGCAUCCUCAGAGGAAGGAGAUGUAUUCACUUUUGAAGAUGCUCACGGAACAGAUGAAGAGAGCUGGGUAUGUGCCAGAUGCUGGUGUUCAUGAUGCUUGCAAUGAGCAGAGUGAAUCUGAAUUUAUCUCUUGUGACACAGAGGAAAUGCCAGCAGAUGCUGCUGUGGGUUGAAAUCAAAUGCUCUGCUCUUUGUAUCCCUUUUACCAACACUGAUUGAUUCUUUUCCUCAAUUUACAGAAACUCAAAAACUAAUCUUACAAUUAAGCAUUUUUUACCCUCAUCUCCCUGGAGGUGUAGGAAGACGACAUACACAUAUCCCCUCUAGCAUGGAGAAUUACAGAGAGCCUGGAGGGAGGUCAGUAUAAUUAAUUGUUAGGGGGCAUAUCAUAUGUUUAGUCGGCCAAUUUAGGAUAUUGGUAGACAGAACUAACAGCCUUUGGCAAACAUGCUCCUCUGUCUGCAGUUGUACCAAUUGGGCCAGCUAUGUUGCAGUUAAAUGUGCCAUGUCGUGAUAUGAUUCUGGGAGCUGCUUAAAUUAAUAAAUUAAUUAUGGUUUUAAUUUACUUAAAAUUUGUGCUGUUUUACAGUUUUGGAGUGUGUUGGGUUUUUCAGAGUAAAAAGUUUCUCUUGUUUAUAUACAGAACUGUACUGUCACAUUUUGUACCGUCCACCAAGCAUAUACAAACAAGAACAAAAACACAAACCAUAAAGAGAAGAAGAAGAAAAAGAAGAGCCUGGUGAAUAUGUGUUAGAGAGAGAGAGAGAGAGAGAGAGAGAGGUCAUGUUUGAAAUAUUGAACAUGAAAACCAACUUAUCAUUUUAGUACAAUCUGGUGGCAGAAAUUACACCUUUUUUUUUUAUUUUAUUAUUGUUUUUUCAUCUUUCCAUGCUGUCAUAAGUAAAGUCCAAGACAUGUGAACCAUCAUCUUGUCCACAAACAAGAGAGAGAGAGAGAGAGAGAGAGAGAGAGAGAGAGAU